UCGGGUGGAGAGGAGAGCCCUGCAGCGGAGCACACCCAAGCUUCUCCGGUCCGAGGAACAGCUAUGGAUCGAGUAAGGUCAACAUUCAACAACCUGAUUAAUGGCAAGCGGUACAACAGGUUCACUCUGCAGCCCGAGGAGGAAGGAGGAACUCACAUGGAGGUCAAACUGUCUGAUGAUGCCCUGGAUGACACCACAGAGGUCUCAGACCAGGUGGGGGGCUCGCGCUCCUUCAGACCACCACCUCGGUACCAAAACCGGCGAACUAUUUUCUACGUGACCCUGGGAACCCUGCUCUUCUUCACCAUUGGCUACCUGAUUGGCUAUUUAAGUCCCCAUAAACCCCGCCAGGAAGUGGGAGAGAAGCCCUGCCCGGAAGUGGGAGAGAAGUCCUGCUCGGAAGUGGGAGAGAAGCCCUGCCCGGAAGUGGAAGAGACGCCCGUGGUAGCAGCAGAACCUUCUCUGUACUGGAAUGACAUCACUCGCUUGCUGAGGGAGAAAAUCACCAGCCAGAACUUUGACAGUACUCUCCUUGAGUUCAAUCUGCGCAACCGCACAGCAGGUAGCAACGAGGACAUGCACCUGGGCAACAAGAUCUUCAGCGGGUUUAAGAAUCUGGAGAUGAAAACCUGGACUGACAUCCACUAUGUCCAACUGCAGAAAAUGGACAGCAAGCGUCCGAACACUGUCACCUUUGGUUCCAGCGUGUUCCAACCAAAGGGUUAUCUGGCCUACAGCGCUAAUGGACUAGUCCAGGGAAAGGUGGUGUAUGGGAGCUAUGGACGUAAGGAGGACCUGGAUGUGUUGCAGAAGAAGAACAUUGACCUGAGAGGAAGUGUCAUGCUGCUUAGAGCUGGAAGCAUCAGUUUCGCUCAACAGGUCGCCAAUGCUGCUGAGAAGGGGGCAGCUGCUGUUCUGAUCUACCCUGACCACCAAAACUACCAGGCUAAUACAGAACUCUAUGGACACGUCCAUCUAGGUUCUGGUGAUCCCUACACACCUGGGUUCCCCUCCUUCAACCACACCCAGUUUCCCCCAACUCAGUCCUCUGGCCUCCCCACCAUCCCAGCCCAGACCAUCACCGCCCAGAUGGCUACCACUAUUCUACAGAACAUUGGAGGCCCUGAGGUGGACCCUAGCAGUGGUUUCAACGGCGCCCUGUCUGUGCCCGUCUACAAACUAGGAGGUGUUGAGAACAUAACAGUUGAGGUUAACAACGUGCUAGUCAACACCGAGAUCCACAAUGUGUUCGGAGUCAUCAAAGGCUUCGUAGAUCCUGAUCGAUACGUGGUGUUGGGAGCUCAGAGAGAUGCCUGGGGCCCUGGCUACGCUAGAGCCGCUGUUGGCACCACCAUACUGAUGGAGCUUGCCAAGGCUGUCCACGAGAUGGUGGAGAACGAUGGGUUCAGGCCAAAGAGAAGCUUGGUGUUUGCCAGCUUGAGUGCAGGCGAGUAUGGGAAUGUUGGCCUCACCGAGUGGCUGGAGGGCUACAUGUCAUCCCUUAACAGAAAAGCUUUUACCUAUAUAAGCUUGGAUGGAGUGGUUAUGGGUCGUGGGAGUUUUGUGGCCUCGGCCAGCCCUCUCCUGCAAAGCCUGCUUGAGAGAACCAUGAAAACGGUGAUGGAUCCCCUCGAUUCGAAAACGAUGUAUGACAUGGUGGGAAAAGCCUGGGAGACCAAGGCACUGAGGCCCAUGUCAAUGGAGGACCCUGCCUAUCCAGUCCUGACCUUAUCCGGAAUCCCCUCUGUGUCCUUCCACUUCAUCUCUCCCGAUGUUGAAGCAUAUCCGUACUACGGCACCGUUCUGGACAACAUGGAUCACCUAAAUGCAGAAACCAACCAGCACACCAGUGAGAUGGCCACAGUGGCAGCGCAGUUUGCCGGCCAGAUGGCACUCCGGCUAGUUCAUGACCACGUGCUCUCCCUGGAUGUGAACCGAUACAGCAGCACCAUCACCAAGUCUGUGGUCAAAAUCAACAGCCGCAUCAACCAGCUCUCAAAGUCCGGGCAGUUGGAUGGUGUCAGUGCCAUGUGGCUUAACAGGGCGCGAAGCUCCUUCUCGCGAGCUGCUGCCAGCAUCAGAAACGCCAUCAGCAACACCGACCUCACCGACAAGGAGGCCUGUCGCAUCCUCAAUGACAGGCUCAUGACGGUCGAGCACACCCUCCUGUCUCCGUAUGUUUCCCCCAAGGAGACUCCUUUCCGUCACCUGCUGCUCGGCCGUGGCCCCCACACCCUGGCGGCCAUUUCUGAGAUUACCGACGUGAAGCAGCUCCACACCCAGCUGGCCCUGGCCACCUGGACCCUGCAGGGCUGUGUAGAUGCCAUGGCCGAAAACAUCUGGGACAUUGACAACGAGAUAUAGGAGGCGCAUGUGU